AACAAAGAAGUAUUCUCACUGAAAUAUAAUUGGCAACACUUCAGAGUGGUUAGCUAGUUAGUAGUCCUGCGUGGUUAAUAUUUGUUCCUGUCACACAGCGACAAGAAUGCCAACACUGUCACUGUGUUCAGCAUACAACUGCAAAAACCGCAGCCCCAAAGCUGGUGUGGGAUUUUUUAGAUUCCCCAAAAAUGAUCCUGAAAGACGCAAACAAUGGAUUAUUAAUAUGAAGUGUAAAGGGUGGAAUCCGCAACAAAACCACCGUGUGUGCUCUGUUCACUUUGAAGACAAGUACAUUUGCGGGAGGGACAUGCGUCAACGCCUCACGCCAGACGCAGUCCCGACUAUAUUCGACUAUCCCAAAAACUUUCAAAAGAAGAGUAUUACCUGGGCAGUCAAAGAUGUUUCCCCGAAGGUGGCAUGUGAGAACAUGGAGUUCCAACUUCCACCCCUCAAGCACAUAAUAGAGAUCAAAGACGCAUGGGAGUGGCUGGUUAUAGACAUCAGAGGACCGCUACCCUUGACAUUGAACGGACACCAGUACGUUCUGAGCUUGACAGACUUCUACUCCAAAUGGGUGGAGGCCUUCCCCCUGAGAGGUUGUAGCUCUACUGAGGUAGCACAACAUGUAGCAGAAGUCAUCUCUCACUUUGGCUUCCCUUUUGGAAUCCUUGUUCGACUGAAGAAGAACUUUACCAGUAAGAUCAACGUUGCUUUGAAGAGUCUUUUGAAGCUGAGUGGGUUCUCUCUCUUAUACCGUCAUCGGCAAGUUGGAUCACUGGAUCUGACCACACAAACCCUGAUCAGCAGGAUGGUGUCUGAUCUUGUGAAUGACCAUCCAUACAACUGGGAUGUCUGCCUCCCUGCAAAGGUGUUCAGCCUGUGUUUCAAGGAGCACCCCAAGACCAAGCAGAGACCUUUCUCUCUGCUGUGCUGCAAAGGACCACAGCCGGUCACCACCCCUAGGGAUCUGUCUUUCAGUCCUGCAGAGCUCAGAGAGAGUUCCUUUGCAAUCCAGUCAAAUCAAGAGGGUGGGCAUGACACUGAUCCGCAAGGCAUGGUUGGCAUUGAAUCUGGGAAGGAAACUGCUGGAAAGAGCACAGUUACAAGGGUCUCCUUUUUUCGGAGCAACACAGAGAGUAACACAGACGGUAACCCCAACAGUGAACCAUCCUCUGAAGAUCAUCAUGCCAUGGAAACCUGAAUCAUUUAUUGGAUCAGUGCUCUAUCAGUCAUGCUGCCAUAUUUUGGGGGAAUAAGUUAUUUUGAUUUUCUGAGGUGUGAUCAUUUUGUUGAAAAACACUUUGGUUCAAUGUUUGGCUGGUGCACUGUUUCAAGAUAGUUAGCAGAGACAUCAGUGUGGGUCAGGAAUUUAUGUACCACCUGCAUCAAUUCAAUCAGCCAAAACAUCAUGCAUAGAUGAUUGAUUAAUGAUAAGGUGAUCCCUAAAAGCAAUUGCUUUAUUUUGAAAUCAAAUAGUUUUUGUCAAGUGCUGAAUUCAACAGGUGUGGGGUGUACUGUGAAAUGCUUACUUAAGAAAGGAAACGGUAACAAUAAUGUAACAACAACAACCAGGAUCUAUACAAGGGGGAACAGUACGGAGUUCAAUGUGUAGGGUACGUGGUAGUAGGGGUAAAAAUUACAAGGCAAUAAGGAUAGAUCAUUAACAGUGGCAGCUCUGGUGUGUGUGUGUUGGAGUGUCAAUGUGUGGGUAGAGUCCAGUGACUGCAUAGAGCCAGUGCAAAAAAGGGGGAUCAAUGUAAAUCUUUGGGGUAGCAAUUUGAUUAGCUGUUCAGCAGUCUUAUGUUUUGGGGGUAGAAGCUGUUAAGUUGCUUUUUGGUCCCAGGCUUGCCACGCGGUAGCAGAGGGAAGUCUAUGACUUGGGUGGCUGAAGUCUUUGACCAUUUUUAAGACCUUCCUCUUACACCAUCUGGUGUAGCAGGGAGCUUGGCCCCAGUGAUGCACUGGUCUGUACACACUACCCUCUGUAGCACCUUGUGGUCGGAUGCCAAGUAGUUGCCAUACCAAGACCUGAUGCAGCCAGUCAAGAUGCUGUCAAUGGUGCAGCUGUAGAACUUUUUAAAGAUCUGAGCGCCCAUGCCAAGCCUCCUGCAGGGGGGGGGGCGUUAUCAUGCUCUCUUCACAACUGUGAUGUCUUUGGAUCGUGAUGGGUCCUUAGUGAUGUGUACAACGAAGAACUAGUAGCUCUCGACCUGAUCCUCUAGAUGUGAAUGGGGGUGUGCUCAGCCCACUGUUUCCUGUAGUCCAUAUAUCAUCUAAUUUUGUCUUGCUGACGUUGAGGGGGAGGUUGUCCUGGCACCACACUGCCAGGUCUCUGACCUUCCUGUAGGCUGUCUCAUCAUCGGUGUUCAGACCUUACUUGAUCUUGAUUACAAAGGACAUGAAUACAAAUGCAUUUCUAGCUAUUUUAAUCAUAUGUACGCACUCUUGAGGCCAUACUAUAAUUCCAGUUGGGGGCAUGGGAGCUGCCAUGCUGGUGGGAGCACGGUCACUGAUGUCUGACAUGGGUAAAUCUAUUUAAUAAUAAUAAUAAUAUAUGCCAUUUAGCAGACGCUAUUUGAAUUUAAUCACUUUUUAACAGCAACCCUUUUGAUUUGAACAAAACCUUACAUACGCAUACUGAACCAAAAUAUAAACACAACAUGCAACCAUUUCAAAGAUUUUACUGAGUUACAGUUAAUAUAAGGAAAUCAAUCCAUUUUUAAAUAAAUGAUUUAGGCCCUAAUUUAUGGAUUUCACUCCACUUGACUGGGCAGGGGUGCAGCAGCCAUGGGUCAGAAUGAAUUUUUACCCACAAAAUACCUUUUACAGACAUACUGUUUACACGUGGUCUACAGUUGUAAGGUCAGUUGGACGUAGUGCCAAAAUAUCUAAAACAACGUUAGGAGCAGCUUAUGUACUUUAAAUUAUCUGGAAACCUCUCUGGUGGACAUUCCUGCAGUCAAGCGAGCCAAUUGCACGCUCCCUCAACUUGAGACAUCUGUGGCAUUGUGUUGUAUGACAAAAUUGCAAACAAUUCUGGGAUAUUUUAUUUCAGCUCAUGAAAAAUGGGACGAAAACAACAUAUUUUUGUUCAGUGUAUUUUAUAAUUUCGUGAAAGAAAAAAAAUAAUGGGGUAUCUAAUGCAAGCAACUCGUGCUUGUCUUUUACUUUCAGUUUAUCCACCAGCUGAAAAUACUUUCUUUUUAGUUUAUUGAAAAGCUAUUUAAUGGUACAAUGAUUCUGAACACUAUGGCUUGAAAAAAAUAAAACUUUGAAACACUCAUUCAACUACUACUGCAGCUGUACAAGGGACAUUUUCUGAAUUACAAUGCAAAAAUAUUACGUAUAGCAUCUUCAACCUUUUAAUGUAAAUUAUUUAACGUGUACACUUCGGGUCAACAUUGAUCUUCUUGGCAUUCAGGUCCAAAAAUGUACUUUCUUACUACUUAUUCCAUGAUCAAACAUGUAGGAAAGUUUUUGUUUAAAUCAAAAGGGAUGCUUUAAAGAAGUGAUCGAAUUCAAAUAUUUUUACCCACUUGCAAAUAUUUCUCUCAUGGCUCUCAUCAAAGGCUGGAAUACGAACCACAUGGAAUUGAGUUAUUUGUUAAAUGCAAAGACUUGUAUGCUUGAUAAUGUAUUUAUUAUGGGUGUCUCUUGUUAUUGUGGAGCAUGCAGGUGGAGUUUUAACCAAGUGUAAAAAAAAAAAGAAAUUCUCAAAACAAGGGAAGUUUAAAACCCCAGCAUAAAGCUACAAUAAACAAACCAAAGCCAUGGCCAACACAAUAGUUAAAACAUGCAUGGAAUUGUUGAGAGUACUAUAUUGUUGAGUACUUUAUAAAGGCAGUGCCUGUCUGCUUGUUAUUGAACUGCCCAAUUUUUUAGUCUAUAAAUUGCCUCUAAGUCCUUUUGUAAGCUUGUUUUGUGUCGGGGAGUAGGGUUACGGAUGAAGCUGCUGUGGUUGCCGGUGUUGUCUGGAACAUCACUUGGGAAACAAAUGGCACAAAUCACUGUCCAGGGCAGUUCAGGACUGGACCAGUCCACCACUACUGGUGCCACAGACAUUCGGGGCUACAGACAGCUGGCGCUUCGGUGAAUAGCUGCAUCUGUGCAUGAUUGGAAGUGGUCCAGCCGGGGCUGUGCGUUUUUUAGUUUUGGCCUGCCCUGCUGGGUUUUGGAGGUAGCUGUUAUACAUGCUCUUCUUGGUUGUACUGAGGGGCAGCAGGGCAGGUUUUUGCAGGCUGCAGAGGCUCUGUGGCUUGUGGGCAUGGGUGAGGGAGCUGAAUUCCCUGCAGGAGCACUGACACGUCCUGAGUCUUCUACCUGCUGUUGUGCCACUGCACUCAGGUGUUCUGGUUCACUUCAGACAACUGCAGUGUACUAUUUGUCACCACCCGCUGUCUGAUCUUCUUGUAGUCCCGCGGAAUGAGGGUCCACCUUGUGCCCGAGCUGCCUUCCCCAUCUUCUGAGGACGAGGGUAGACACAGUCAGGUGAACACAGUCUCUACCUGAUAAGGGAAUUUGUUUAAAGUAACGACUAAAGGAUUCCACCCUGAAAUCAUUGAAAUGUGUUCGUCAUGUGUUAGUAAUUCCAUAAUAUGUGUGACUAGAUCAUUGUGUUGCUGUGUAGUGGUGUGAGAGUUGAGAGAACAAAGGACAACAGGAAAGAGGCUCCUUCCAAGGUCCCUCUUAUCUGGGGAGGAAAGGAAUGGAGAGAAACUGCCAAGGCGGGUAGAAAAGUGAAACUGUGUGUGUGUGUGUGUGUGUGUGUGUGUGUGUGUGUGUGUGUGUGUGUGUAAGUAGGUGGGGGUCAGAGUUAUAAAAUGACAUGUCUUUGCAUUUUGGACUUUAGAACAUUCUCUGAAUAAACCUUAUGGACCUUUUGCAGAA